AUGAAUCACAUCAGCAUUCACGAUGACUACCCUGCCGCCCCGAUGGAAUUAAGCUUGGAUACGGCUUGGAUGCAGCAGACGAAUCAAGGACCACCGAUGUCUUACAAUUCCGACACCAACCAAUCGCCAGACCAAUACUGCAAUGAUCGUUGGGAAGCUAUUCCUGCUGGUGUAACCCUGUCUCCAUUGGGAAGUCCAGUAAUGUACUUGUUGGAUUCGUCGGCACAACCCAGCACCACACCGCAAUUCGACACAUAUAGCGAAGAGUGGUUCUACCCUGAUAUCAAUGAACAGGCAUUCGAAGUGUCGUAUAUAUCACCAAAGCAAAACCUCACCACACAGUCUCCGCUUCGGGAUGAGGGCUACCAGUCUGCGACGGAAGCCCCCAAAAACAAGCGACUCGGCAUCCCGGAACCGCCAAAGGGCCUUGGUCAGAAGACUUCCGGUGCUGGUUGCCCUCCAAAGCAUCAAAUCAACUUCAACAAGCUAACUCUGGAGCAAAAAAAGAUUCGGAACAAGAUCUGGACUGAAAAAUGGCCCGAGUACGCCGAGCUGGUCAACACCCAGGCUGAGCCAAAAGUGGCGGCAGACUUUGCGAAUGAGGUCUGGGUGAUUGUACUGAAGCGUCUCCGGAAUCAGAUCUCUGUAAAGCAGUCGCGCAACGGGAAGCAGGACAAAUUCCAGGAAUUUGCUGACUUGAUGGAGGGGCUGGUGGAGGAAGCUGAGGACGAUGCAGGAACUUUUGCGGCAGCGAUGCUCAAAAAGCUUAAAAAGUUCGAAGCGAAGCACAAAUUGGGCGUGCUGGAAAUGCUCCGUGGCAGCAAGAAAGAGGAGACGAAGCGAAAAGCAGGGACACGCCGACGCGGAGGCGCUUCCUCUUCCCGAGAU